GCAGUAACUCUGAGAUGCUAGGAUAUUUUUAUUUUUUCUUAAUUAAGCGUUAAUGAUAGAGAGGUCAGCUCAGUCUUAACUCUGACCCGUGUCUGGCUGUUGAUUUGCCUGACACGAAAUCUGCGGUGCAACCACAGGGAGAAAUUUUGCAGAAGAAACGUCGCGGCAUUACUUGAGCCUCAGCAGGCACCAAGGAAGGGGAAAUUGUGUUUUUUGAGAGUCCAGACCCAUAAGCAAAUUUUACGAUCGCAUAAGAAAGCAUAGGCUUUUUAAUUAUUCAUUAUUUAGUGAAGAAAAAUCAACAGCUUCACUUCGGAGCGCAAGCUUGUGUGUUGACUCCCACGUUUUUGCUGUCAGUCUCUCUAAAAUUUGCAGAAGAACAAAGUUCCCUUCAGUUUCUGCUCACGUCAAUCUACAAUCUUUGCAUAAGUGUUUUCUAGUUCCCAUAGCAGAAUUCCAUCAUUAAGUCACCACCAGUAUCCCUAAACUGAAGGCAAAAUUCACCCACUUUAAAGACGGCAACGCUCUCCCUGUGCUUGCAGCCAGCAGCCCGGCUGCUUGCGAGCGCAUCGGCGCGCGGGGUGGUUGGGAUUUAAAGAGCUGCAUCCCAGCCCUCCGGCCAGAGAACGCUCCCGGGCUGAGAAACAUCCUGACGCCAGCCAUAGCUUUUUCCCUAGCUCAUCAAAAACCGCCAACGCCAGGGCUUGUUUUUAAGGAACAAGCCCUCCAAAGUUGAAAUUUCGGUUUUGCUGAGCAGGGCUGCCAUCUCCGAGGAGGCUCCGAUGCACCCACGCACCGGCGAGGAGCAGAGCGCUGGCCUGGCUCUGCCUGGGAUGCUCAUCCUCCCCCGUCUUCCAUCCCCUCUUUUAACCUACCAGCCCUUUCUCUCCCCUCGCCACCGGCAGUUUCUCAGGGGUUUGCUCAGCCUGUUUGGAAGCACGGGAGUUUCUCAGGAGCAGAGUGCGCUCUCCAGGUAGGAAACCGGGGGCUGCUGCGAUAGCUGCAAGCCCCGAAAGCCAGGAGGGCUCGGAAGCAGUCUCUCCCCUUUGCUCUUUACCAAGACACAUCUGAGUUAUGCAAAUUGCAUGAUUAAACAAACGCACGCUGCGCGCUGCUCCCUCACACGGAAGCGUGGCUGCAGGAAGCAGGUUGGGCCACAGCGGCCGCACUCCCCGACGGGCGCUUCUGCCAGCAAUUUCGGGCAGGUCGUCUUCACAUGCAGCUACCAUGGGCCUUUGGAGAAUUUCAUCACGUCUGAGCUGAUCAAGAAUUUGUGCUUUACUUAAUUCAGCUGCGAUUCAAAGCUGGGUAAUUUGGGAUUCUGCUGCUCUCAGACCAAAAUACUGAAGAUUCAGCCAUGGGAGACCCAGAACCGAGUGGUCUCGACAAUCAAGAGAAGACACCUGAAAAUAGGAAACGGUACAGUGAGAUAUUCCGGAGCCUGGACGCCAUAGAAAUCUCCAUUGGAAACGCGACAGUUGACAUGUUCAUUGGUGACGCUGACAGCACUGACGACGCAGACCUGGCCCCUGAAAGAGAGGUCGUUCCGCUGAGUGAAAGUUUCUGCAAGAGCAAAACCACUUCAGAGAGGCAAGUGCAGGCAGACAUAACAGUUCAGGAGGCAGACGAAAUGCUGAUAAAAUGUGAAGGUGGCAUUGAUGCGGCCCUCGAAUACGCCAAAAUGUGGUGUAAAUACGUCAAAGAGCUUCUCAGCUGGAUUGAAAAACGUCUGAGUUAUGAGACAGAGUUUGCCAAAGGGAUGGUGAAGAUCGCAGAAUCGGGACGAAAUGCCAUCUUCCAACAGUACAACAUGCCUCUUCGGGCACUCUACACCAUGGUCCUGGAACAUGACAUAAAGGUUGGAAAUUCAGCUAGUGAGACUGCAGGAUUGCUCCAUCAGAAGGAAUUCUACCAGCCUCUGUCAGCCAAGAAGAAUGAAAUUGAGAAAUGGCGGAAAGAAUUCAAAGAUCAGUGGACAAAGGAGCAGAAGAGAAUGAAUGAAUCCUUGUCAUCCCUGCGCAAGUCCCGCCUGCAGUACGUGCAGCGCUGCGAGGAGCUGGAAAAAGCAAAGCACCUGAGCGCCAAGGCGGAGGACGAGUAUCAGAGCGCAGCCGUCACCAACCCUGGCAGCGCCACCAAGCAGCUGGAGAAGCGACGCCGCUCCUGCGAGGAGGCACAAGCCAAGGUUCAGGAGACGGAGGCUCUGUACAAGAUGUGCAUCAGCGACGCCAACUUUCGGCGGCAAGAGCUGGAGAAAGUGCGAGCGCGGAUCGUCUCCCACAUCCGGAAGCUCAUUUACCAAGGGGACGAGGUGCUGACGUGGGUGACUUUAAGGAUGUUCAAGCAGCGGCAGACUCAGUCAGAACAGAUUCCAGUGGGGUACCAGUACCUGGCCGAGGUCUGCAAGCCGUACAAAGCAGGCGAGAAAUACCUGGAAUUCAUUCAGGCUCUGCAGAAAAAAGACAUUCACAUGGAAGUGUUUGAAUUCGAGCCACUCGCUUCCGGAGGGCAGAGGUCCCCUCCCAGCAGCAAAAAGAAGAUGGCAUUGCAUUACACAGGCCCCUCUUCCGCAGCAAAGGACGCGAGCACACCGGAAGACACGUCCAGAAAGCACUUCUCCACAAAUGGUGAACAGAGUGCAAAUAAAUCCCUCUGCAGCGACACGGAAAGCCUCGGCGGGAGUUGUGAAUCCCGGUCCCUGGAUUCUCCCAAUUCUAGCCCAGGAAACUCUAACAGGAAAUUGCUGAAAGCACCAUCCACCGGCACCAUGUCCUCUUCAGAUGAUUUUGAGGAGAGAGAUUCCUUGCAAACUUUUGAAAAUGAAAACGGCACAUCCCAGCAGCAGUUUAAGAACAUCCUCCUCUCCAGCGCAGCGCAGACCCACCGGCUCCGGAAGCUGCGGGGACCGUGCAAGUGCAGGGAGUGCGACACCUUCAUGGUCAGCGGCUUCGAGUGCGAGGAGUGCUACCUGGCCUGCCACAAGAAGUGUCUCGAGAGCCUGCUCAUCACCUGCGGCCACAAGAAGUUGCCCAACCGAGUACCUCUUUUCGGCAUUGACUUCAUGCAGGUUCCUCGAGACUUCCCAGAGGAAGUUCCCUUCCUAGUGGUGAAAUGCACCUCGGAAAUCGAAGCUCGGGCCCUCGGGGUGCAGGGGAUCUAUCGGAUAAGUGGAUCCAAAGCCCGGGUAGAGAAGCUGUGCCAGGCGUUCGAGAACGGCCGGAGCCUGGUGGAGCUCUCUGAGCACUCCCCCCACGACAUCACCGGGGUCCUCAAGCAUUUCCUGAAGGAACUUUCGGCACCGGUGCUGCUGUCCCAGCUCUAUAACGACCUCAUUGCGCUUGCCAAAGAUUUGCAAAAACCUGGGGAAGAAAAGUUGGACUGCGCUGGCUUCCCUGCCGAUCCCAUCCAGAGCAUGAAGGACUUGCUGGGCAAAUUGCCUGGAAGCAACUACAACACCCUGCGGCACCUUAUUGCACACUUGUACAGGGUGGCAGAGAAAUACGAAGAGAACAAGAUGUCCCCAAACAACCUGGGCAUAGUAUUUGGGCCAACUCUGAUCCGGCCAGGCUCAGGGAGCGACGUCUCGAUGUCGUGCCUUGUUGACUCUGGGUAUCAAGCCCAGAUUGUGGAGUUUCUCAUUCAGAACUACGAAAGGGUGUUUGGGAUGGAUGACCUGCCUUCAUCCUUAUCCCUUGGAUGUGAAAACCCUUCGCAAGAAGCAUCGACAGAAAAGGAUGAAGGACCUCAGAGCCCAAACACAGUCCAGAAUAUAACUCUAGAGAAUUUCUCCUCCGAGCAUGGUUUAAGUGUGGACUGUGUCUCUGAUCCCUCGUCUCCCAGGGAAGCCAUCAAUGAGCUGACUCUGGAGGGAGCCCACAGUCCGUUAAGCGCGGAUGCCCUAGAGAUGAAUACAAGUAUUGGCUCUGAGCUGGACGACCUGGAGGACUCUGUGCAGGAAAAGGCAGACAGUGAUUCAGACGCAGUUUUAGGGACCCAGCCCAGAUGCCAUUUCAGCCGACAACCUGUAAAAUAUAUUCGAACACAGGCGAAGACGAAGCCGGUCAUUCCCAAAUCUUCCAAUUUGCCCUUGAGGACCGCCACAUUAGCCAACGUGGCAACGGAGUCUGCUGCAGAAGGCAACCCUACCAACAGCAGCUCCACGACAAAGGACAUCCCGGAGGAGAGCACUCGGAGCAGGAACAGCUCGGCCGACACAGGCACACUCAAGCACCGCUCCGGGGGGAGACAGCAGCUCAAGCAUUUUGAGAUCACGCAGGAAACCGCCAGGAUUGUCUUAAAGUUUAAAGCUGAUGACACUUGUGUGUCCCCUGAGCCUUCUCUGGAGAGCGCGGGAUCAACUGAGAAAGCAGAGGACGUCAACCCAGGGACAUAUCUAUAGGAAAAACCUGAAGUGUAACAGAGAAUAGAAAUGGAAAGGGAGAGGGGACUGAAAUCCCACACCUGCUGGAAAGAUGUAGUCAGGAAGGAGGCAACUGAAGCGUAGGAACAGAAAGCAUUCUCAAAUGGUCAUUUUCUGGCAGCUGCAGCAAGCGUUGAUUUUUGCCAUUUUUAUUUCACAGCAUUUUAAGAGUAACUCACUUUUUGAGUGUACUGGAGGAAGGUAAACGGGCAAAGCUCACAUACUCUGGAUCCUUCUGUUGCUGGAGCUUCAAGUUGUGAGCACAAAGCCAUUCUGCAAAGGGAACAGACACGGCCGCACUCUGAGCCAGACCCCAUUUCUCCAAAACAUUAAUUCGAGUCCUCUCAAAGCACACUGAGCUUCUGCAAUACUUCCACGAGAAGCUGCUGCUGGCGUGAUCGUGGCAAAGCCCUGAACCCCCAGCAGAAAAGAUUUUUUGGGUCUAAGACCAGGUUGUUCUGAGUUGCUGGGUCUCCACCUCACCUGCCCGAGCUCCUCUCCGCUUCCCUGCGGUGGAUUUUCUGUCCAAAUUUUAACAUGAGGACAGGGAGAAUUCUGUCCUGUAGUGCCAUCUCGUGACGCAGGCAUGGGGAAGACAGGCUUCCUGUCCUGCUCACUCCCAGGGAGAGCUUUGCAUUCUAGGAUGGGAAGCGCUACAGAUUUCCUUGGUGUUUAGUUGUGUAUAGAGCAUGAAAUUCAGACGACAACAUAAAAGCCUCGGCACAGGGGCACAUUUCAGCAGUUACCAUCUGCUGCAAAGGCACUGGGAGAUGUACAAGCCACCAGAGCUAAAGGAAAACAUUACACUUUCUCCAAGCAGCUCAGGAGGUUAAGCAAUCUACUUUACAAAUUUCUUUCAUCUCACCAACAGACUACGUUUUCAUCCUGUUUCUUAACAAGGCUGUAAAAGAAAUGCUAAGGUUCUAGUCUUAGUAUUUGUACAGUUCAGGCUAAAGAGAACUUGCAUCUCUGGAGCAAUGUAUAUUUGUUAAUACAGUGCUUUGAAUUCUUGAAUACUAAAUUAUCUUUUACUGUAUAACUUCUGUAAUAAAUUACUGGGUGGUUUAUUAUAUGCUUAUCCUGUAUUUGUUAAACGUGAAUAGGGAAGCCUUAAGUAAACACUUACUGGACUAUUA